UUAACCUUCAAAAUAUAUUCAUUUGUCGCUUUGAGAUUGAAAGUCGGUAGACUGGAUGUACAUGGAGAGAACUACAAGCUAUGAAAGGAGUCAAGACACAACAGCUUGACGUAUUACAUGGCUGCUUUAAGCAUAUGGAGUUGCUGGUCCGAACAAGAAGUUGGCAUUCCACUAUUCAACGUGGCUUCAAUUCUUUCCGAUUUUCCGUGUUACUUGGGUACUUAGAGCGUAUGGAUUUGCUAAACGGAAUUUGAUUGGUAGUCUUGACGUUCGUUAUGGAUUUACCUGCAAACAUUGGCUCAUAGAUCCUGCCAAUAGAGAUUUUAUCUCGUUUGAGAGGAAGAGAGUUUUAGAGAAAAGUCGCAUUAAAAAAUGAUAUUGCAAAACAGGUAUUCGACACAGUUUGAUGGUUAUAAUCUGAGGCGUACAAAAAUGACGACAAUAUCAAAGUUUGUCAUCUUGUUAAACACUCAAAGCUCGUCAAAUUAAUUACAACAGAAAUGGAAAGUUCUACAGAGGCAACUAGAAGCAAUAUGGAACCAACAACUGAGAGCUCAGAUAAAUCUGUGCAUUAUUCUAAGAAGAAAUCACACUCAUACAGCAGUCAAGCAGAAGCUUUGUCAUUUUUUAAAGAAGAAAAUGUUAGUAUGAAUAAUGGUGAUUAUGGAACAGCAGUUGAAAACUACAAAAGAUGUUUGGAAAAUGCCGAAGAGAAUAACGUCAAAAUGAUGGUUUAUUUUGGUCUUGGUAACGCUUACACCCUCUGUGAUAAUUGGGAGGAAGGAUUGAACAGUUUUAAUCAUUGCUUAAAGUUUUCGUGUAAAGUUGAAAGUGAAUAUUUUGAACAUCAAGUAUACCUUGGCCUGGGGAGUGUUCAUUCUACCAUGAAAAGAUUGGAGGACGCAAUGAAGAAAGAUGAAAUGGAAUGUCUCUGCCAUAUUGCAUUGGGAGGAUUGAAUAAGUUGCUUAAAAAUUAUAAGCAAUCUUUGGAGCAUUAUAGAAAAGGAUUUUCUCUUAUUGAAUCUCAACAGCAACAACAUGAACAGCAUCAUCGACCACAACGACAAAGAAAAGUUGGUGGUAUCAACGUUAGUAAAGAUUUCGUCAACCUUAACAUGAAGAACUUGUCAAUUGUUACUUCAGCUGGAAUUGUGAAUGGAGUGUUGGCUGUUUUAUGGGAACUAGCGGAGUUGUUUGAUAAACUUGAACAAUGGGGAGAUGCAACAUUUAUAUAUGAAACAUAUCUGGAGAUGGUCACAAAAGAUGAAGAUAUAGAAAACCAAAAGAACGUCAUGGAGCGUCUUGUGCAAAUAUACGAUGAAGAAGAGCGUUAUUACUUAAGAAAUUCGAUGGAAGCCAAGUUGCAAGAAAUCAUUAAGAAAAAGAACGAAAAAGAGUGGGAAUACAUUGGUGAAUCUGUUAAACAUAAAGAAUUGUUCUUAAAAUUGAUCAAGUAUGGACGAAAUCCCAAUGUCGAGGUCAAGCAUGUAGACAAUGUACGUUUGAUAAUCUCUGAGGAGUUUUGCAUCGGUAGAGGAAGUGAUGGAACCCGUGUUUAUCUGGGACUGAAAAAGGAUGGUUACGGCAGAGCAGUAAAACGAAUACGUCGAGAUAACUGCAUCACGAUUGCCCAGAAAGAAAAGGAAAUCUUGAACAAAUUCAACGCAAAAGAGUCGAAAUAUGUUGUGAAAUAUUACUACUUAGAAGAGGACACUGGAACAGACUAUGUCUAUUUGAUACUAGACCUAUGUGAAGAAUCGUUGGAGAGUUUUGUGGAAUCUUCUACAUUGCAAGAUCUUCAAAAAUCUUUUCCCGAAAUUCUCAGACAAAUGUUAAAAGGAUUAGCUGAUCUUCACUGCGGCCCUUGUCCUAUUCUUCAUCGGGAUUUAAAGCCUUCCAAUGUUCUCCGAGACGCACAUAGUAAAUUUCUGAUUGCUGACUUUGGUAUAAGUCGAGAAUUGAAGGGUGGCCGUAAGACAUAUCAUACUAGCUCCAAAAAGGGAACUCCUGAAUCAUAUUGUAAAGAUGAAGAUUCCGUUGAUAAAGCACGUUACAAAAAAAUAGUCAGAUGUAAUGAACGCAGGAAUGUUGGCUUAUUAUGUUGCAACAAAAGGGAAGCAUCCUUUUGGGACUGAAGACUGUAGACUUCAAAACUUGUUACAUGGAAAUCAUGUUGGCUUGGACGAAAUAAAGGAUGCUGCUUUCCUAGACCUUUUGUUAUGGAUGCUACAACUAAAACCA